CGUUGGUCGACGCGAUCCGCGAGGCUUCAAGCUUCAAGCCCGUGUCAGUCACGGCAACCUGGACGUCGAAGGCUCGAAGCGCUGCAGGCCGGUGAGACGCGCCAGUGGACGCAGCGUAGCGCGGUCCACUAUGUCGACGUCCUCGGACAAAGGAUAAGCUGCCGAGAUGGGUGAAGGAGAGUGCAUAAGGCACCGGUGAGUCCUUCUCAUUGAUUCUCGCCUGCUUUAAAUGCUCGCCCGUCCGCCCAGCCACUCGAUAUCUCAUACACUCGCUUUCCUGCCCAUAUACUCGCCCACCUGCUCGCCCGCCAUCUUCUUGCUCACUGUCUACUUGGUUCAGGGCCACCUCCUUCCCUGUGUGCGCAUCGCGUGCGCGUCCCCUCCGCCGACGCGCUCCUGCCUGCACGCCGGCCCAGCAUCGACUAGCCCUCGUCUCGCGGCCCUGCACCUGUGCCUGCGCUGCGCCCCCGUCACUCGUCUAACACGCGCCGACGCUCAAUUGACUGCGAUGGCUCUGCUCGACUGCAACGGGCCCCCUUGUCUCGACCCGCAGGCGCGUCCCAUGCGCCCGCCGCCCGCAUCACGAGCCUCCGCUCCUGCUCCCAGUGAACACGGUGGCCCUUUCCCUCCGCCUCUCUCACGCACGGAUUUCCGCUCGACGGGUCGAGCUGUGUUGCUUUCAAGUCCUCAAGCCCAGAAAGCCCAGCUCGCACGGCAAUGGCGAGCACACAACUUGAAGGCAAACGUCCAGAGCGCCGGGCUAGUUCCACCCCUCGGCAGACUUCGACGGUGAGGGCGGCGAGGGUGGGAGUCCAUUCCCAGUGCUGUACCAUCCACUUUGCGUAGCAGCAUAGCAAAUGUAGAUAGUACAUCCCCGUUUGCGCAGUGUAGCUCUCGGACAUGAGCGUGCCACUCACCUGCGCACGGCCCAUGUACUCAAAUCGUAGUCACGUAACUGUGAUGUAACUUAGCAGUAGUGAGCAUUUAAUGAAACGAUAUCUGGACGUGUGC